AUGCAUGCCGUCUGGCUGCUGCUGUGUUUCCUUUCGACUUGCCGAGCUGGAGCUCAGGAGCACGAGCUCUGGGAUGAUUAUGAGGACGAGUAUAACAUUCCCGGCAGUGAUGCUCAUGGCGGCCGCCAUCGUCGCUACAGUCCGUAUAAUACGUGGGCGCCGCAGCACCGGCCGCGCAAGGCCGACAUUCUGAGGAAGGACUUCUUCAAGCAGUUCAUCACCCACUUUCGCGACCCGGCCAUCAACGCGUGCGAUAACUUCUACCGGCACAUUUGCCCGGUAUCGAUGGACAUACGCGAUACCUAUCAAGGACAGGUGCAAGAAAAUCGUCACGAUGAGUCUUGGGGAAUUGUGGGCGGGGCGUUCGAGGAUGAAAUAGAAUUCGACUUUGUGCCGGAUCCCGAUCAGCUAAUGGGGCGCCAGCUGCAAGAAGAAAUGCGCGCGAUGGUCGAGGAGAUGCACGAAGACGUGCCAACGCUGCGCGAGGAGGGCAGAUUGCUCGGAACGUUAAUGAAAGACACUUUGUACAUCGCCGAUCGUGUCGAGGUCAUGACCGACGUCUUGGACUGCUUCAGCGGCCAUCACACGUUCACCGAGGAUCGCUCCGACGUGACGGGCCUCCGAAUUGCUUGGGAGGCCUUUCGCGCCGAGAUUCGCGAGCAGUGGCCGAGCGAAGAGGCAUUGAAGCAUAUCGUCUACCCGGAACUGGGCGUGACACGGGCGCAGCUCUUCUUCUACACACGCGCCAUCCGCUACUGCGACACCAAUGACCGUUCGCAGCACUUUAUGGGCGCAAGGGGCCUUGCCGUCCACUCGGCCACCCGCAUCCGCGUCAACAUGGUUCACUGCAAUAUGGAGGAGUUUGCGCAAGCGUUCAACUGCAAGCCCGGCGAUCGCAUGGUGCAACGGCCGACCUGCCCCUACUUC